AUGAUGGAAGCGACGGAACGAAGGCGAAAGAGAGAGCGUAACGAGCGAAAUGACGAGAGGCGUGAUGACUGUGAGGUACUAGCGAAGACAGAUGAGAAACGAACCAUAGUGGAGGAAUUAUUUCAGCGUUUGCAGUCCCUUGACCACACGCAUAUGGAGUUGGAAGCUCGUCUGUGCCGGCGCGCAGAAGUGAGUGACAAGUCUGGAUCAACUUCCUCAGAGCGCGAGUGGAAGGGCCGAAGGGCACGCAAAACCAGGACGGAGGUGAUGCCUGGUGUUGCCGAGGAAGAUUACAAGCGAAUUGAGGAAUUUUGUCUUGACAAGGGUAAAGAAGGGAGUGUUACCCGUUCGACUACCCGUGAUGUCUCCUUUGGUCAAUGGCGCUACACCUACACCUCUGGGAAGCCCAGUGAAUGCAUCGCGUGCAUAAGAAAGGAGCGACUUUUUGUCUUGGAUGUUCCCGUUCCAUCUGGGGCAUACGACAUUCGCUUUUCUGCAUGCACUGAAAUUACAGGAGAGCUACCCAGCCCUAAUUUCGCUCCCACGAGGGGGUACACGCGCCACAAGGACCGCUUGAGCGUGACUGAUGGUUUGUUUCGCUAUGAUCUCACCCGAGUUCGCGACAAACACACUACCGGAUACGAGGUGGAAGUAGAAUUCUUGCUCAAGGACAACGAUGAGAAGAAAAUAACUGAUUCACAUGUUGAGGAACUGGUAGGGAGGGCUUUGUCACUGGCAACACUCACCGCAUCUGAGGGUUGA